AUGAGUUACGUCGCCAAAGGAGAAAAAGAAUACGAUGCUACCGGAGCCCCAGUGGCUGCCGCCAAAAUCCACAAAAUCAGGAUCACCUUGACGAGUAGCAACGUUAAGAGCCUCGAGAAGUUCUCUACGGAUCUCAUCAACAGAGCCAAGGACAAACAGCUCCGUGUCAAAGGACCCGUUCGUCUCCCUACCAAGGUGCUCAAGAUUACCACCCGUAAAACUCCUUGUGGUGAAGGUUCCAAGACUUGGGAUCGGUACGAGCUCAAGGUCCACAAACGUCUGAUUGACCUGCAUUCCUCCAGCGAGAUCGUCAAGCAAAUUACUAGUAUCAGUCUGGAGCCUGGUGUCGAAGUCGAAGUUACGAUCUCUGCUUAG